GAUGCAAGAAACGGAACGCGAAUGUGAAAAAAUCUCUUUAAAUAUAUGUAAAUUAGAAAAACUAGCGCGUUAAAGGCAACAUAUAGCGUCGACAAGGAAAAUGUGAUAAUUACAAUACAGCUAGAGCGAAUGCAGUACAAGAAAAUGCACAUGAAAAUAACGUGUGGUCAGCAACUUUGCUGCGACAUAAGCAACUGAGGAAAAUAAAUCACAUAUGUACAAACAUACAUACAUGAACAUGCAUAUGCAUACAUACAUAUUAAUGUACAUGCAUACAUAAUAAAGUACCAUAGUUAAUAAAUAGUUUUUAAAAGUGCAACAUAAAUUAGUCUGACAGCAAGCAUUUAGUGUAUACAACUGCAACCAACAAGAAAAAGCCAAAACGUAAAAAAUAACGUAUGUAACUUCCUCAAAGGAAAAAUUGUGUGCCAAAAUAAUCAACAGAAAUUCUAUAACCACCGCGCGUGUUUAGUUACGUAUGAAUAUAAUUGCAUUGUAAACAAUUUUACAGCGAUAACAGCAUCAAAACACAAUGUUCAAAUACGAUUUUGUGCUAUAUCUAGCAGUGCAGCUUAUUCUUGGCUGUCAUUUGGUGCAUUUCAGCGCUGGCGCCAUACUACCCGAAGGCCACAACAUAUAUUGCCAGCAUUAUGAUGAGAAGGAUUGCAGUCCCGGCGAGGAGUGCGCCAUGUCAACGGAGCAGUGCCAGGUGGAGGGGGAGAAGAGUCCCAGCUGCUAUGCGCUAUGGAGCUUUGAUGAGCUAACGGGCGCUACAAAAAUCAAGAUGAAGGGCUGCUUUACGAACAUGCACGAAUGCAAUCAGACCACGUGCGUCACUAGCGCGGAGCCUCGCCAGGGCAACAUGCACUAUUGCUGCUGCAAGGGCUACAUGUGCAACAUGGAGCACAAGUAUAUACCGACCACCACAGAGGCAACCACACAAGUGCCCAAGGAGAAGACACAGGAUAACAGCAAUGUUAUAUACUUUAUCAUUGGCGCUUCAUUAUUUACCUUUCUGGUUCUACUUUUGAUAUUGCUCUUGGCCUUUUAUCGGCGUCGCAAGUCGCACUUCAACGAAAUACCCACUCACGAGGCGGAAAUUACAAACUCGUCGCCGCUGCUCAGCAACCGUCCCAUACAAUUGCUGGAGCAAAAGGCCAGCGGUCGCUUUGGCGAUGUGUGGCAAGCCAAGCUGCACGGCAUGGAUGUGGCCGUCAAGAUCUUUCGCAUGCAGGAGAAGGACUCGUGGACAACAGAGAAUGAGAUUUAUAAGCUGCCACGCAUGCGACAUCCAAAUAUUUUGGAAUUCUUGGGCGUUGAGAAGCAUUUGGAUAAACCGGAAUAUUGGCUGAUAUCCACAUAUCAGCAUCAUGGCUCACUAUGCGAUUAUCUAAAGUCGCAUACGAUUACAUGGCUGGAGCUGGUUCGCAUUGCCGAGUCCAUGGCCAAUGGCUUGGCACAUUUGCAUGAGGAGAUUCCUGGCACUAAGGCGGAGGGCUUGAAGCCAUCUAUAGCUCAUCGCGACUUCAAGUCGAAAAAUGUUUUGCUCAAAGGCGAUUUGACCGCCUGCAUAGCUGACUUUGGACUGGCUAUGAUCUUUCAGCCAGGUAAACCCUGCGGCGAUACACACGGUCAGGUGGGCACACGUCGCUACAUGGCGCCCGAGGUGCUGGAGGGUGCCAUUAACUUUAAUCGCGAUGCCUUCUUGCGCAUCGAUGUCUAUGCCUGUGGCUUGGUGCUGUGGGAAAUGGUCUCGCGCUGUGAAGUUGUGGGUCCGGUGGGUGAAUAUCAGCUGCCAUUUGAGGCGGAGCUCGGACAGCGUCCCACACUCGAUGAAGUACAAGAGAGCGUUGUCAUGAAAAAAUUGCGUCCACAUUUGCUGAGCAGCUGGCGUGCCCAUGCGGGUCUUAGCAUAUUCUGCGACACAAUGGAGGAAUGCUGGGAUCACGAUGCUGAGGCGCGUCUCAGCUCUUCUUGCGUCAUGGAGCGCUUUGCACAAAUCAACAAGUAUCCGACUAGCCAGCUGCUAAUCAAGAAUCACACAAACAUUGAUGAUGCCAAGGAGACAACAAAUUGCUUAUAGAAGCGGUACUAAAUCACAGUCUCAAAGCGGACUGUGAUUCGAGCAACAGAAAGUGUCUUUGAAGCGCUUUCAAUUUCAAAUACAAACAAUUUAGAUUCAUUUAAGUAUUGUGCAUAGGCAGCUCAUCGAGCAUGUGCUGCAAUCAUCAGCAAUUUGGCACAAGCAAUUUACGACCCAUUAUAUCCUUUCCCACGCACCCACUUAGACUUAGCUUAGCGUUUAGGCUAAAACAGAACAAAAUUCUAGACAUUGUGGGCCGAUUGGGUCCCAUUAACAAAACUUAUACUUACAUGUUUAUUUGCUAGUUCAUCUCACAUUAACUUCAUUGACUGAUUUCAUUUAUAGAUGCAUAAUGCAUUAAUUGUUUUAUAUUUUUGUUCUUUAAAUUGCAAAUUGUGUGCGAUUUUUUGUAAGCUGUUAAAAUUAUUGCCAAGCCCCCAGCCAUUCUUGUUGAUGUCCUUUUCAUUUAAGCGUAGACAAGCUUUGUCCUUGUUAGCUGUUAAGCCUAGAGUGUAAAUCUAUUUUAAUUUUUAUUAUGUAUACUCGUAAGCUUUGAUUUUAGAUUUAUGCACAAUCACUUAAUUUGUGCU